UACAUACCGUAUGACUAACUUGUGAAGUACUUCCGGUCUCUAUCAGGCUUCCUUUCAAAGUAUCUGUGGACCGCAGAAAGGAAAAUACAAAUGUUGGCGACCAGGGCCCUGAGUCUUGUUGGCAAACGCGCCAUUUCCACAGCUGUCUGCCUACGUGGAGGUCAUGGUGUCGCCAAGGUGGAGGCCUAUAGUCUCCCUGUCUACCUUGACAGUCGGGAUAACCCCCUCCCGGAUAUCCGCUUUGUGCAGAACCUGAGUGCAGACCAGAAGUCCCUCAAGGAGAAGGAGAAGGGGUCAUGGGCUGCACUCUCCAAUGAGGAGAAGAUUGCAUUGUAUCGCAUCAGCUUCAAGGAGAGCUUUGCUGAGAUGAACCAGGGAUCUUCUGAGUGGAAGUCUGUGGUUGGUGGAGUGUUUUUCUUCAUUGGCUUUACUGGUCUGGUGGUGCUCUGGCAGAGGAAAUAUGUGUAUGGACCAGUUCCUCACACACUUGAUGAUGAGUAUAAAGAGAAACAGCUGCAGAGGAUGUUGGACAUGAGAAUCAACCCUGUGCAGGGAUUCUCUGUAAACUGGGACUACGAAAACAAGCAGUGGAAGAAGUAAAGUAACGAGCAAAUAAUGUUUCACAUUUGAAAAUAAAAGCAGACCAAUUAAAGAUCCAAGAACACCUGCAUUACUGUAUUUAUCAAUGGUCCACUUUACCUCAUUGUGGAAGACCACUUCCUCUUACGUUCAUUGUAUGUUAAAAAAAUAAAAUAAAACAUUAAUCUAAA